AUGGAGAAGUUGUUGAAGAAUGUAGAUUUUGAGAAAGAGAUGGCCAAGGAUGGGCAAACCAUCGAACAGCUCUUUGCAAACGAAAUGGGUACAACUUACAAGUACGUUCAUUGUAAUAUUGUUUUAAAUUGCUUUAGGGAGUUCAUCGUACAAAACCGAAUAAUUAUUUUCGGCUUCUUCUUAUCAAAUUUGUAUUUUUGCUAUAGUGGCGUUAAUAUAACAGCCCUAACAUUAAACUAUCUGUUUUUAGCGACUUCAACAUCUUCCCCGGCUUCAUCGAUUUCCCCGUACAUGAAGUGUCUUUGAGCACCAAGUUAACCAAAGGUAUUACCUUGAAGGUACCACUAGUGUCUUCGCCCAUGGACACCGUGACAGAAUCCGAGAUGGCCAUUGGAAUGGCGUUGCACGGUGGCAUCGGGAUCAUUCACGGUAACUUCGCCAACAUCCAGACCCAAGCAGCUGAAGUCUCGAAAGUGAAGCGCUACAAACAAGGAUUCAUCACGAAUCCGGUCUGUAUCAAGCCUACCGACACCGUGAGGGAUCUUAUGGGAAUCAAGGCCAAGUUUGGCUUCACCGGCACUCCAGUGACGGAUUCUGGAGAAGUUGGAGGCAAAUUACUGGGUAUUCUUUAUCGUUUUUGUGGUUGUGAAGCACAGUCUUCUAUUCUCAGUUACCAUAGGCACUUAAUACUUUCGGAACGGGUGGUACGGUGAAUUCUAACAUUGGGAAAUGUUCACGGUGAUUUUUGGGUAUAGUGUAACAUUACUCAAAAUAACAUAAAACACUUGUAAACACACACCGUGAAGAUUGUGUUUGAAACUAUGGGAAAAGUAGCUAUUUUGGUCAAAAAGUUCGUAGAAUCGCCCUUAAUAUAGAAAAUUUAUAUUUUUCUACGUACUUUUUGACUAAAUUAGCACGAAAAAAAGUUGAAUUAUUUGUCAUAAUCUAUAUUUUUUUAGGUCUGGUAACUUCUUUGGACGUGGACUUCAUCAAACCAGCCAAAUACGACAGUAUUACCAUUGGAGAUGUUAUGAUUCCAAGAGAGAAACUGAUUACGGGAAAUGAGAAUCUGACUUUGGACCAAGCUUAUGAGAUUCUGGAGUCUGAAAAGAAGGGUAAGCUUUGUUUACUUUUUCUAAUUUUAGGUAUUAAACCAAGGAUUGAAUGACUUACAUUUUGGGGGUUUCUGUGAUUUUUAAAUAGCAAAAACGUGGCGUGAUGUUUUUUUAUAUACAUGACAACGAUUAUAGGUAAACUUCCGAUCGUGAACGAGAAAGACGAGCUCGUAGCUUUGAUUGCCAGAACUGACUUGAAGAAGGCUCGUGACUUCCCACUGAGUUCAUACGAUUCCAAGGGACAACUGAUGGUAGGAGCAGCUAUCAACACUCGAGAAACGUCCAAGGAAUACGUAAAUCAGCUGGUUCAAGCUGGCGUCGAUGUUCUUGUUAUUGUAAGUCCUUCCAAUGAUUGGUAGAUGCAGUACUAUUACGAAUUAAAUGGAUGUGCAUAUUGUAUAAAUUAAAUGACGAUUGUUUUUAGGAUUCUUCUAAUGGUGCCAGCAAAUUCCAAGUAGAAUUGUUGCAGUGGAUCAAGGCUACGUAUCCAAACAGACCUCAAGUUAUCGCUGGUAAUGUUGUGACAAUGCAACAGGCCAAGAUCCUGAUUGAUGCUGGUGCUGAUGCCUUGAGAAUUGGAAUGGGAAGUGGCUCCAUUUGCAUCACACAAGAAGGUAAUGACGCUUUUUACGGUUCUUUAUAUUAGCUAAAUUUUUAAACAAUUUAUAAUUCUGUUAAUUCUACUGUAAUUACCGUACUCUUUUCCAGUUAUGGCCGUUGGUCGAGCUCAAGGUUCAGCCGUCUACCAAGUUGCCAGAUACGCUCACUCCCGUGGUGUACCAGUAGUAGCAGAUGGUGGCAUCCGUGAUGUUGGCUACGUAACUAAAGCCCUGGCCUUGGGAGCGUCUACUGUAAUGAUGGGUGGGCUUCUAGCCGGUACGAACGAAGCUCCAGGAGAGUACUUCUGGGGGCCUUCUGGAGUCAGACUGAAGAAAUACAGAGGAAUGGGAUCUCUGGAUGCUAUGGAAGCUCAUGCUUCUUCUCAAGACCGCUACUUCACAGCCGACGGUGAUGCUAUUAAGGUGGCACAAGGGGUGUCAGCUACGAUGAGAGACAGAGGAUCGAUUCACAAGUUCGUGCCUUACAUUGUUCGAGGAGUUCAGCAUGGUUUUCAAGAUAUUGGCGUCAAGAGUAUAUAUGAUCUUCAGUAAGUUCAUUUUUAAGCAGUUUUUAAAAAGUUAAGCGGCUUUUAUCUCACCUUUAUUAAAAGUAAGGUUAACUUUUCAUUAAUGAUCACAAUAAGCUACCCAAUACAAUUUUUAACAACAAUAUUAGAUGCUAAACUUAAAAAGCUUAACGUAUAUAAAACUUAAAAGCUUAACGUAUAUAAAAAAUGAAAUAACAUGAAAUACGAUUCUAUUAAAAUACAUAAAACACACACUUCGUUACAGAGAAGGCGUCUACAGCGGUCGUAUUCGCUUCGAGCGCCGUACUGCCAGUGCUCAACAAGAAGGCGGGGUACACUCGUUGCACUCUUACGAACGCAAACACUUUUAA